AUGGUCCAACCACCCCCGGACCUCACACGUUAUAAUGACAAUGAUGAUACUGAUAGCGUGGGCACGAGCUUGGCUCAUCAGGAUAUGUCUCCGCCGGACUCCCCAUCCAGCUUGCGGGCAGCCCCACCGCCACCUGCCCCUCCCCAACGACUCAACAAACCACUCAUUCAAGUCCAACGGGAACGCACCAGGGAGGCAUGGGCUUCACCUGAGCUUGCCACUGGCCCUUCCAACAGCAUCAGUCCACGGGCCUUUCACUCGCUCCGCGAUGGUACAUGGCUUCAAGACGAAGCCAUCCAUAGAUUCCUGCGACUCCUUGUUGUGCGGGAUGCUUUCCAAGCCUCUCUCAUUGACGCUCACCGACCCAGCUUUGUUUUCAAGUCCUUUUUCAUGACUCAGCUGCUGAACAUGGGUGACCUUGAUCAAACCGUUCAGGGCAGCUACAGCUACUCCAAUAUUCAAAUGUGGUCCCGACAAGCCCCGGGUCAAUACGUCUUUGCACUUGACAAACUUUCUCUCCCAGUAAAUGUCAACCGAAGCCACUGGAUGGUGAUCGUUGCCUUCAUGCAGGAACAACGCAUUCAAGCCUACGAUUCUGCAGGAGCCACCAACACACGGUUUCUCCAAGCUAUCCUUUGA